AAGUACGAGUGGUGUCGAAUGGACAGAGUGCGACCCACGGCAAGACAAGACAAGAUAUCAGGCCCAGCAACAAGGAUGRCCACYAAUAACCCCAUAUCGAUUUCUCUGUCGUCGUCCCGAGGCUGGAAAAAGGCCGAACGCGUCACGAAGGACGUCGCACCCACGAAGAUCCGUUCGGCAAAGGCCGUCGGCACCACGAGACAGAACGACGAGUGCUCCGGCAGUGGUUCCGAUUCGGAUUCGGAUUCCGGCCCAUCCCUGCCGCGUUCCCACCAAUCGACGAACUCGAGGCAAAACCGAUCGGAGAGCCUCGUCGGCCACUGCUCGGUCUGUGGGGAAAACGAGGCCCGCUAUACGUGCCCACGGUGCAGCAUUCCGUAUUGUUCCGCCGAAUGYUACCGCAGCCACACGAGCGGCGAAACCGGCACCGCCCACUCCUGCACCGAGCGUUUUUUUCGGGAAAAAGUCGCCUCGCUGAUGAAACUCGAAUCCCUGGAGCRCARGGGGGAGACGCACCGGGCGCUGAACCGAUACCACCACGAUUGCCACUACCAAACCAAUCCGCUCGAGGAAGAACCGGUGCACAAAUCGCCCGGGGGGCGGCAGCACGCCGGCGACGAGGAUCUGUACGACCUGCACCGGCUGCACUCCGAGCUCGAGGCGCUGGAAAACGACGGGGAAGAACUCUCGCGGAGGGAGCUCGCGCGCAUUUUGCCCCCCGCCCUGAGGGCCGUGUUCGAAAACGAUCUGCGAAGCGGCCGGGUGCGGGCCGAYAUGGUGCUGGAUCGGUGGCACCCCUGGUGGCGGCGCGACUUUGUGGACGGUUCGAACGAAACCGGAGCCGACCAGAGCGAUGGCCGGCGGGGAGCGGGGAUCGACGACAGGGAGGACGGUGCCGUUGCUUGCAGCAGAACCCUGGACGAGCGGCUCCUACGUGUGCCCGGGUUUGCGGGUUUUGGAAGGAAAGACAACCACAAAAGCAACAACGACGUGCUGUUUUUCAACCUCUUGGACAUACUCUGUGCAACCUGUCGAACGCUUCGAAUGUACCAUGGGGUGGAAAACGCAUCCCAACAGGCCCCCGUGGAAGCCGCCACGACCUUGAUCGCAGCGUCGUCGGUCCUGGCCAACGACACUCGUUUCGCCGCACUGUCUCAAGUAUUGGAUCAUCACUACUAUUGCACCAUGGGGCCCGGACAUGGAACCAUUGCGAAGAUGGAUCCCAAGGRGGAAAUAAUCGAACCUGGUGAAUCUACUUCGAACAAACAGCCCAACACUGCCGGUUGGUAUGUUUGCAUGGAAGACACUGCCUCGCUUGUAACAUCACCGCGUUUGGUAGGAAGAGCAAUACUGGAAGCAUGUGACGUAUUGAAGGCAGCCGCCAAAGAGCUGAAAACGAACAGGGUCAGCACCAAGGUUCYGAACAACAGUACUAGCACCAAUGYCACCMCGAGCGCGUCGAAGGAGGCGAACGAGAGWUACGACAACGAGACUAAGCUCUACCAGAUCCGUCGUCUCCGAAAGAAGCUCCAGUUCUACCUAUCUUGGGCGUUGCAUCGCCCGAGCGCCGCGAACAGCUACCUAGGAGUUCAUGCGAAAGAAGAAAUCGUGGCUUGGAUCAACGAGAGGAAACAAAUGAUCACCGAAUACGAAUGUGGCGAGUGGAACACCAAUGACAACAACAUCGAACAUUGCGGUGGUGUUGGUGACACUACCAUCACAACUUUGAAUUUUCCUGCCUCUGCAGCAUCUGGUACAACUCGUUCUAUGUUUCAACUCAACUCGCUACAUAAUGGCGACAAGGAACACUCCUCGCCUGCCGAAUCCAUCACGGAUCAACCGUUCAUGAUCGAAGUGCAGAGCCGGCGGAGACAAUAACGAAAACCACAAAAAGGGACA